UCAAGAAUAAACGCUGAGAGCGUACACACACGCACAGGCCGUGACUCAGGAGAAGACGUCAAGUCACGUCCAUAAUCGCAGCUGAAACACAACACACCACAGCCAGAAUGUGGCGUGCAGCCUUCCUAAUCCUGGCUGCCGGCUUGUCGGUGAGCAUGGCCAGACCCCACCUCAAACCGCUGUCCAGUGAGAUGGUCAACUACAUCAACAAGAUGAACUCUACAUGGAAAGCUGGUCACAACUUCCAUAAUGUUGACUACAGUUACAUCAAGAGACUCUGUGGUACGAUGCUGAAGGGACCUAAACUACCAAUCAUGGUCCAACAUGCUGGCGAUAUGAAGUUGCCUGAUGAAUUUGACUCCCGUGUCAAUUGGCCAAACUGUCCCACGCUGAAGGAGAUCAGAGACCAGGGCUCCUGUGGAUCCUGCUGGGCGUUUGGCGCUGCAGAGGCCAUCUCCGACCGUGUGUGCAUCCACAGUAAUGGCAAGGUCACUGUGGAGAUCUCCUCUGAGGAUCUGCUGACCUGCUGCGACUCCUGUGGCAUGGGAUGUAAUGGUGGUUACCCCUCUGCUGCCUGGAAUUUCUGGACCGAAGAGGGACUGGUCUCUGGAGGUCUCUAUGACUCCCACAUAGGUUGCCGCCCUUACACCAUCGCCCCCUGUGAGCACCAUGUGAAUGGCAGCAGACCUCCCUGCAGUGGAGAAGGUGGAGACACACCUGAGUGUGUGCGCACGUGUGAGGCUGGAUACACACCUGGCUACAAAGAGGACAAGCAUUAUGGUAAAACGUCUUACAACGUGGAGGCAAGUGAGAAGCAGAUUCAAGCUGAGAUAUUUAAGAAUGGUCCAGUAGAGGGAGCCUUCACCGUCUAUGAAGACUUUGUCCUGUAUAAGUCUGGCGUGUAUCAGCACAUGACUGGAUCUGCUCUUGGUGGCCAUGCCAUCAAAGUCAUGGGUUGGGGAGUGGAGAAUAACGUCCCCUACUGGCUGUGCGCUAACUCCUGGAACACUGACUGGGGUGAUAAUGGAUUCUUUAAAAUCUUGCGUGGAUCGGAUCACUGUGGAAUUGAGUCUGAGAUUGUGGCAGGCAUUCCCAAAUAAAACAAAAAAGGUUUUUAGCUGUGAUGGCCAUUUUCAAUCAGUAGAGGGUGAUAACUCUGCUUUUAGUAGUAAAAUUUAAAGCACACUGCCUUGUGGUGUGUGUGGAUCAUUACACAGCAGAUUUUUUAAAAACUCAAUACCUUCAUGUCACUGGAUUAAUAGAAAGGGCAUCACCACAACUAUGUGCCUAAGAUGAGGAAAAGUAAACAUCUAAUCUAAAUGUCAUUUAACACAAUACUGCAUUUUAUUUAAUCUCAGGUGAAUUCAAGCAGACUAUCACAGUUGAACAAAGAGCUGAAUUUGUUUUUAUUUGACAAAAAACUUCAACCGUAGAUUUCAUACUUCCUUCCAUUUUAUUCUGUUUUUUAUUUUAGUGUGAUCAAUACCACUCCAAAUAUCUGGACAUACUAAUUUUAUCUAGUGCCUGUUAGUAUUUUUAAACUUAACUUUCAGAUGAAAAAUGAAACUUGUCAUUUUGAUUAUGUUUGGAAGUAAAAUGUUUUUUUUUUAUCUGUCUGUAUUCAUUGACUUUGACAUGUAUCAGCUCUGAAUUAAAUAAAACAUUUUUGUUCCUAAUAAA